AUGCAGAAACAUCGUAAAUUCAAGCCGAAGAGAAUACCACGCAAAUCUGGCAGGCCGAAUACUGUCAAAGAAGGAACAUGGGAAUCGGUAAAGAUAAAUGGCGCUGUUAUAUCGGACGAAGGAGCAGAUCUUGGUGGAUUUAUCGGUCUGGAGGUGAUGGAAAACUACGGCAACAACUUUCUGCGCAAGCCUAAGCAAAAGGACGACAAUGACGAGAGUUUUGAUGGCGGCAAAAAGAAACCCAAACGCAAGCGUGCCAACGAUAGUGAUGAAUCUGAUGAUUCCGAUGACGAAACGAAUCGUAAAGUGCGCCAAAAGAAACAAAAGGCCACCAAACCCACUGUCCAGUACAACGAAAAGUUUUCCGAUUCCGAAGAUCAAUUGAAUACGCAGAAGGGAAAAUUGAAAGCAAAAGCAGCAAAAGUUCUGAAGGAUGAAGCAGCCACAAAGCAAAAACAAGCAAAUAUUGGCGUAAAGAAAAUCGCAACGAAAGCGAAGGUGGGUUCACUAGGAGAAUCAACUAAACCUGUCAAGCAACCAACAUCGGAAGCAGGUGAAACUAACAUUGAUCCGGCUGUUGACGGGGAGAACAAAAAGCUGGGAUUCUCGAUGCUUUUGAAACCAUCAAAGAAAUCACAAAAACAAUUGAAGAAAAAACAAACCGAACAGAGCCGACCUAAAAAAGUAUCUGAAACAACUUACUCUAGUGUGGAGUAUAUGCAAUGGAUAGAGCUUGGUGUGUCGGAACCGAUCGUAAAAGCUUUGGCGGAAAAGGGCUUUAAAACGCCCACAGAAAUCCAGGAAAAAUCUCUACCGGCUGCUAUUUUUGGUCGCCGAGACUUACUCGGUGCGGCCGAAACGGGUAGCGGCAAAACGCUAGCAUUCGGCCUACCGAUGCUGGAGGGCAUUCGGAAGCUAAAGCAAAUGAACCAGCCGAGCUCCGAUAACACGGUUCCCGACAACGAUGAACACGAACUAACGCCGCCGCCGGAAGAAUUCGAGCUGACCGGGGACGAUGAACAAAUAUUUGCCCAGGAAGGCAAACAAGUGCCACCUGUUGAUACGAACAAACCGCUGUACGGGCUGAUUCUAACUCCGACCCGUGAGCUGGCUGUACAAAUUAACGAUCAUCUAAAGUCGAUUUCAAAGUAUACCGCCAUAAACAUUGCCCUCGUCUUCGGCGGAAUGGCCGUCGUGAAACAGGAGCGUAUGCUUCGGAAAUGUCCUGAAAUAGUAAUCGCCACUCCAGGCCGGUUGUGGGAACUGAUUCAAAGUGGCAAUCAGCACCUCUCUAAGGUGAUGCAUAUCAGAUUCCUGGUGAUAGAUGAAACCGAUCGGAUGCUGGAAAAAGGUCACUUUGAGGAAUUGAAGCAACUGUUGGAAUUGAUAAACACGAACGAGGAUGCGAAGAAAAAGCGUCGUAACUACAUUUUCUCAGCUACACUCACGAUGGACCACGAGCUUCCAGAGCACCUGCAGAAAAAUCCGAAGAAAUCGAAGAAAGUUUUGAAGGAAACGCCCGGCCAGCGGUUGAACAAACUCAUUGAAACCAUCGGUAUGACCAACCCGAAGGUGGUUGAUCUAACGCAAGAACACGGAACGGCCCACACGCUUACGGAAUCGCGCAUCCUUUGCCAGGCGACACACAAGGACUUCUAUCUCUACUACUUCGUCCAGCGCCAUCCUGGCCGCACACUGGUGUUCUGCAACUCGAUUGGCUGUGUGCGUCGGCUGGUGGCACUCUUUACGUAUCUGAAUUGCCAGCCGCUCAGUCUUUUCGGCAGCAUGCAGCAGCGCCAGCGCCUAAAGAACUUGGAACGCUUCACAGACAACUCCAAGGCACUACUCAUAGCGACGGAUGUGGCGGCCCGUGGACUAGACAUACCGAAUGUUGACCACGUCAUUCACUAUCAGGUGCCGAAGACUACGGAAAACUAUGUUCACCGAUCAGGACGUACGGCGCGAGCUAGCAAAGAGGGCUUAACGGUGCUGUUGAUCGCUCCGGAAGAAGUGAAAGACUACGUGAAGCUAAAUCAGGAUCUUGGACGCACCGAAGACCUGCCGCUGUAUCCGACUUCGGAUCGGAUGAUGCGCCAAAUUAAGCAGCGUGUACAGUUGGCGCGGGAAAUUGAGCGGAUGGAAAUGCAACAGAGACGCGCCGGUGAGGAACGCUCCUGGGAGGACACGCUGGCAAAAGAAUUUAAGAGCGACUCGGACGUGGACAGUGAGCAGGAAGAGAUGCGCAAGCUCGAGCAGGGACGCCAGAAGCGCAAGUUUAAGGGGAAGCGAAUGGAGUUGAGUCACCUUUUGGCAAUGCCGCUCGCGAUAGACCGGAUCGAGAUGCGCUACCCGACGUCAACCGGUGGCAUGCGGUUGGCCACCGAAAGCGAACAGUCGGCCAUCAGCUUAGUGCAGCAAGCAGUGCAACAGCGCAAAGAGGAAAAGAAGCAGCGGAAAAAUAAGAGAAAAGAAACCCAAAUGGGAUGA